AUGCCCCCGAAGCAUUGUAAUGUCAAAUCAAUACGAUUCAAGACACACACAGCUUUUCUCGCCGCCCCGCACAUCACUGCUGCUCCAAAGCGCGCCGUGCCACCUGCCAGCUCUCGCGAGCAGAACCGCAAGGCCAACUUGGGAUCCACCAUUGAGCACAUCAAGACGGUUGUUCCCGAAUUGCUCACCAAGUCUCUACCCAAAGAGUUGGUAUCCCACGAGAUCAUGUUACGAAUAUGUCCCAGCCACUUCGACGAAACGUACUUGCCCAGCUUGAAAGGCCGCGUGUCGUAUUACGCGACAUGCAAGACGAUGCAAUUGGCCAUGACGUCCUUGGUGUUGAGUCCCAAGGUCAAGCUCCAUAUCCAGUCAUUGCGAGUGGCCAAUGGACCCGACCAGCAGGCAGUGUAUGCCCACAGCACCAAGGUGUACGUGCGGUGGAGCACAUGCAACGAGGGAUGUGAGCACUUGAGCAACGAAUCCAGUGAGUUCCACUCCACCUCCGACGCCAAGUUGGGGUCCCACAAAUGGUCCAAGUUGGACACCUUGCGGUUCCUCCACGAGAACGCCGACGUCAAUGGCCACAAGUCCAAGACACUUCCGUCCAUUAGCACCAUGAUCAGCCAGAUGUCGAGCUCGUUGGUAGGGUUCAGCAAGGACUCCCAGAAGUUGGAGCGGGUGUUGAGCGGCAUCUUCAUCUUCGAACUCAACGAGGAGAACGACGCCAUCAUCGUGCACACCAUCGAGAACGUAGAUCUCAUCGAGAAGGGUGAGACUGAGGACGUGGACGGCGAGUUGAGGGUGUGCUAG